UCGUGCGUGCGUGCGUGCGUGUGUGUGUGUCUAAAACACUCCUCCUCCUUCUCUCCUCUAUAAUUUGGUGAUGACAUUGCAGUUUGUUCGCUGAAGUCCCACACACUGGAGCACUCUGGGAAUCUGCUGGAAAACACUCAGUUCCUCAUCAUGCCAAACUGGGGUGGAGGAAACAAAUGUGGCGCCUGCCGCGGGACGGUGUACCACGCUGAAGAGGUCCAGUGUGACGGGAGGAGUUUUCACAAGUGCUGCUUCCUCUGCAUGGUCUGUAGAAAAGGGUUAGACAGCACCACACUGGCCAUCCAUGACCAGGAAAUCUACUGCAAGUCCUGCUACGGUAAGAAGUACGGCCCGAAAGGAUACGGCUACGGUCAGGGAGCAGGAACGCUCAACAUGGACCGCGGUGAGAGACUGGGAAUCAAACCAGAAGAAACCCAGACUCACCGACCCAGCCCAAACCCAAACCCGUCCAAGCUGGCGCAGAAGUUCGGCGGCUCUGAAAAGUGUGCGCGCUGUGGAGAGUCCGUGUUCGCUGCUGAGAAAGUGACGAGUGCUGGGAAGCCGUGGCAUAAGAACUGCUUUCGCUGUGCCAAAUGUGGAAAGAGUUUGGAGUCCACCACUCAGACGGAGAAAGACGGAGAAAUCUACUGCAAAGCAUGCUAUGCAAAGAACUUUGGACCCAAAGGAUUUGGAUACGGUCAGGGAGCAGGAGCUCUGGUUCACGCUCAGUGAUAAGUCAGGACUUUCUACAUUUCUGUACUGUUAUAACACACUAAUUUGAAAAGAAGAAAAGGA